AUGGAUUUUUCGGGUCUCGACACCGAUUCGAUUGGUCUGGCGAUUGAGCUCCUGAAGCUGGACCUAGAGAGCUUGAUAGGCACAUCUAAGGGCAAAUAUCUUCAAGGAGAAGUUCCUGACUCGGAACUAGCAAUCAAAGCAUAUAUAUCGGAACUAGAAUCACUCGAAUCCUUCGUCAUAGAUCGACGCAUGUCCUUGAGCAUCGCUCGAGCCGUCGGCACUGAUGGGAAUGCCAUACACGAGGAGCAGCUUGCGGAGAGCCGGGCAGCUCAAGACCGCCAGUUUGCUCUCAAUUUAGACUCUCGCCGAAGGGCAAAGACCUCGGACGACGGAGUCGAAGCGACAGAAUCCAAUUCUCAGGCCCUCUACGUCGGUUGCGCCGACGAUGACGAGCUUGAUCAAGCUGAAUCGUCAUCCUGGGCCGCCAGCCGACCAAAGCCGAAGACGCCGCAGCCCACGGCCGUCUGCACGAGCUGCGGCGACCGGCACGUUUUCUACGACGUGGCCUGA